AUGCUUGCCUUUAUCUUCUUCCUCGUCGCUUUGGCUGCGGCUUACCCUAACCGGGGUGCCUGCACUGGUGACUGCUGGACAAAGGAUCCUGCUGUCAUUCAGCGUCACAGCGAUGGCAAAUAUUUCCGCUUCGGCACUGGCAGUGGUAUUCCGAUCAUCACCUCUAAUUCUAUUAAGGGCCCAUGGACUGCGGCUGGCAAGGCUCUGCCCAAUGGAUCGAAGAUCAAGGUUUCCGGCGUGGAUAGCUCAAACAUCUGGGCCCCGGAUGUGCAUCUCUCGGGUGACACCUACUACAUGUACUAUGUUCUGUCGCAGCUAGGAACCCAGAACUCUCAGAUUGGUGUGGCUACUUCGAAGACCCUGGCUUCUGGUUCUUGGACCGACCACGGCAUUGUUGGCAUCCCCCAGAACAGCGCCUACAACCGCAUUGACCCCAACUGGAUCAACAUCGACGGCAAGCAGUACCUCAACUUCGGAUCUUUCUGGGGCGAUAUCUACCAGGUUGAACUCGAGACUCCCCUCAAGGUCGGCUCCAACACUCCUCACCAGAUCGCCUACAACGAGACUCUCAACCACCGCGAGGAGGGCGCUUUCAUGUACCAGCACGGUGCCUACCACUACCUUUUCUUCAGCUCUGGAAUUGCUGGUGGAUACACCAAGACUACUCCUGCCCCCGGUGCUGAGUACCACAUCAGCGUCUGCCGUUCUUCUGGAGGCUCUGGCGGCUUCGUCGACCAGUCUGGCAAGGAUUGCUUGAAGACUGGCGGAACUGUUGUUCUCGCUAGCCACGGCCAAGUUUUCGGACCCGGUGGACAGGGCAUCUUGAACGACAAGGACCUGGGACCUGUCCUCUACUACCACUACUACCCUCUUGCCACCAAGAACUCCGGUGGCUCAGCUGAUGGCCAGAAUGCCGAGUACAAGUUCUCCUGGAACCAGCUCACCUUCACCAACGGAUGGCCCGUUGUGUCGGCAUAG